AUGGGGCCAGGACAGGAUCAGCCACGUGAAUCUCAUCUCAUCUCACUCAAGGUGAUGCGAUUGUCGCGUCCAUCACUUGUUACUGGUCAUAGUCUCUACUUUGGGUCACCUCAUGGGAAAUCAAAUCUUGCAACGGAAACAGAAACGACACUACAAACAGAAACUGAUGAGGCUCUGGAUAUGGGGGAUUUCGGAGUCUCCGAAUUGCUAACCAUGCCAGCAUCAUUUGGAAACAUCUACCUUGGCGAAACGUUCACAUCAUAUAUCUGUGCAAACAACGAAUCUGCACACCCUGUUCGAGAUGUGAUCCUCAAGGCAGAACUUCAGACCUCCACCUUGCGGUUCGCCCUUUCAGACACUCUUACCGGAAAACAUAUUCAGCUCCUAGAAUCUGGGAAAACGAAUGAAAUAAUUGUAUCGCAUGAAAUUAAGGAGUUGGGAACCCAUAUCUUGGUAUGCUCGAUUCAAUAUACAACACUGGAUGGACAGCAAAAGUCCUUCCGAAAGUUUUACAAAUUCCAGGUGAUGAACCCACUUUCGGUCAAGACCAAAGUC